CAUUUAGCUCACUUUCCAGCAUGCGAGGAGGCAUUACUUUGGCAGUCCUCGUCGCGGAGCGAGAAGGUCGUCGCGACGACAGGGAGCUAAGUCGCAGAUGAACCUUUUGAGCAGCCCGAUGCACCGAGCCCUCCGGGAACCCCAGUGCGGCGCCGCCUCCCGCCCCCCCCGCCUCGGCGAGCCGCCGGCACCGGGGGCUGCGGCCAGGGGGGCCUCCUCCAAGGCGGUCCGAGAACUCAGCGCCGAGGAGCAGCAGGAACUGAGGAGGAAGAUCAACAGCCGCGAAAGGAAGAGGAUGCAGGACCUCAACGUGGCCAUGGACGCCCUGAGGGAGGUGAUGGUGCCUUACGCCUCCUCCGCCCCCGCCUCAGCGCCGCCCCACCCGGCGGGACGCCGCCUGUCCAAGAUCUCCACGCUGGUGCUGGCGCGCAACUACAUCCUGCUGCUGGGCUCCUCCUUGCAAGAGAUGCGGCAGCUCUUGGGCGAGCUGAGCGCGGGGGCGGCGGCGGCGGCGGCCGGGGCGGGGCCCGGCCCGCGGCUGCUGCUGACGGGGGGCUGGCCCCUCGUCUCGGGUCCCGGGCGGCCGCUCCUCGGCCGAGAGCCUUUCCCCGCCUCCUCGGGCGCCUCGCCCCCCUCGCUCGCCGCCCUCAAAGGUCCCGUGCUGUCCCCCGGCCCCCCGGAGAGCCCGCUCGCCGUCGCGCACUGGGGCUCGGGGCCGGCCUCGGGGCCGCCCCUCUGCCUGUGCGGCGCGUGCGGGCCGGUCGGCUUCGGGCGGCCGGCCCCUCCCGCCAGGUUCCCGAAGUGACGCCGAA